CUCUUUACCACACCCACCAUCACACUCUUUUUUUAAUUGUUAUGUACCAGAAAAUAUACAGAUUAAGACUCUUGGUACAAGAAACUGCCCAGUAUUUUCCUAUUCAUCUUUGCGCAAUGAAAGAAAAGGAGCCUACAUUUAAUGAAUUGGCUCGCAAAGUAGAGCGUUUAACAAAGAAUAUCAACUUGGAUGAUUAUUAUCUUGCAACAGUAGAUAACACAUUACUGUUUGACGACGGGAGUUUACAGACAGCUUUAAAAUCAUCUACGUCCGACAAACAAACACUCCAGAUCAUUCUCUGUCGUAAAUCACUAGAGGACCUGCAUAAAAGACGAAACAAAGUGCAAUUACCCACAGAAAAUGUACCGGUCAUUAAACCGACCGUUCUUAGAUGGACACCUGCUAUUUUACCCAAUGAUACUGCCUCCAAUCAUAUCCGUCGCUAUAGCACAACCAGUCAAGAUGAUCCUGCUCUUGACACUCGUCAUGAUUAUCGUAAAGAUUCUGGUAUUUCUUUGGAUGAACCACAUCAUCACCAAAGAAAAAAACAGCGAGUCAUGUCUGCAGAUCAUCAGUCCUCCAGAAAAUUGCCUGAUCCAUCUUCCUCUCCUUUACCCACCGUACGCCAUAACAGCACUAGUGGUUCUUUACACCCAUUGGAAAUCAGAAGACCUUCUACAGCCCCACCACCUUCUUCUCCUUCUCCACCUUCUUCUCCUUUUCCUCGAUCCAAUCAUUAUAACCCACCUACUUUACCUACCAUAUCACAUAUCACUUCCAAUCAUCAACAUAUUCUUUUGGACUCCCAAUUAGCACCCAUUCAAACUCUAUCAUCAUCAUCUUCACCACAAGAAUCUGUUCUUGUGAAUAAACGAUCACGAUCUGUUCCUUCUUCUAAUAAUUCGAGUAUAUUUCAUUGCGAGCAUGCUACAGAUCAUGGUCAAGUUUGCGGGCAAACCUUUCGAAGAUCCUAUGAUUUAUCUCGUCAUCAAACCAUUCAUUUGGAAAACAGACCGUUUUGUUAUUGUGACAAGUGUGGAAAAAAGUUUACUCGCAUGGAUGCUUUACGUCGACAUGAGCGAGUACAAGGUCAUUCUUCAAAACACCGCGCCAUGUCUCUUAUACCAAAAACAAGCGUAUAAAAAAAUAUCUCUCUCUCUCCUUUUUUUUUUUCUUAAUAAAUAAUUAUCUGUCAAAUC